GUUUGAUACGGUGAUUAGAAUAUAACCAAAGUGGCAUGCUGAAUUCGCCAUAAUCAAGGAACCUCUUUCCCGGUGGGGAACCUCAGGAAUUACUCAGUGAGCAACCCUAAUUAACCUGAUUUUUUGGUGAUAAUCACUCUCAAUGGAAUCAAAUCACAAAUCCGGGGAUGGAUUGAGCGGCACCCAGAAGGAAGCAGCCCUCCGCGCACUGGUCCAGCGCACAGGAUAUAGCUUGGUCCAGGAAAAUGGACAAAGAAAAUAUGGAGGUCCUCCACCGGGCUGGGAUGCUGCACCCCCAGAAAGGGGCUGUGAGAUUUUUAUUGGAAAACUUCCCCGGGACCUUUUUGAGGAUGAACUCAUUCCAUUGUGUGAAAAAAUUGGUAAAAUUUAUGAAAUGAGAAUGAUGAUGGAUUUUAAUGGCAACAAUAGAGGCUAUGCAUUUGUAACAUUCUCAAAUAAGCAGGAAGCCAAGAAUGCAAUCAAGCAACUUAAUAAUUAUGAAAUUAGGAAUGGGCGUCUCCUGGGAGUCUGUGCUAGCGUGGACAAUUGCCGAUUGUUUGUGGGAGGAAUCCCCAAAACCAAAAAGAGGGAAGAAAUCUUAUCAGAGAUGAAAAAGGUCACAGAAGGAGUUGUUGAUGUCAUCGUCUACCCAAGCGCCGCAGAUAAAACCAAAAACCGGGGAUUCGCUUUCGUGGAAUAUGAGAGUCACCGUGCAGCCGCCAUGGCUAGGAGGAGGCUGCUGCCAGGAAGAAUUCAGCUGUGGGGACAUCCUAUUGCAGUAGACUGGGCAGAGCCAGAAGUCGAAGUUGAUGAAGACACGAUGUCUUCAGUGAAAAUCCUCUAUGUAAGGAACCUUAUGCUGUCUACCUCGGAAGAGAUGAUUGAGAAAGAAUUCAACAGUAUUAAGCCAGGAGCUGUGGAACGGGUGAAGAAGAUCCGGGACUACGCUUUCGUACAUUUCAGUAACCGAGAAGAUGCAGUUGAAGCUAUGAAAGCUUUAAACGGCAAGGUGCUGGAUGGUUCCCCGAUUGAAGUGACCUUGGCCAAGCCAGUGGACAAGGACAGUUAUGUUAGGUACACCCGGGGCACAGGUGGCAGGAACACCAUGUUGCAAGGUGAAUACACCUACCCUCUGGGCCAUGUUUACGACCCCACCACAGCCUACCUUGGAGCUCCUGUCUUCUAUACCCCCCAAGCCUACGCAGCCGUUCCAAGUCUUCAUUUCCCAGUUACCAAAGGACAUCUCAGCAACAGGGCCCUCAUCCGGGCCCCUUCUGUCAGAGAAAUUUACAUGAAUGUCCCUGUAGGGGCUGCGGGAGUUAGAGGACUGGGCGGCCGUGGGUAUUUGGCAUACACAGGCCUGGGCCGCGGAUACCAGGUCAAAGCAGACAAGCGAGAAGCCAAACUCUAUGACCUUCUACCUGGGAUGGAACUCACCCCGAUGAAUCCUGUCUCUCUAAAACCACCAGGAAUUAAACUUGCUCCUCAGAUACUAGAAGAAAUCUGUCAGAAAAAUAACUGGGGACAGCCAGUGUACCAACUGCACUCUGCCAUUGGACAAGACCAAAGACAAUUAUUCCUAUACAAAGUAACUAUCCCAGCACUGGCCAGCCAGAAUCCUGCAAUCCACCCGUUCACACCUCCGAAGCUAAGUGCUUACGUGGAUGAAGCGAAGACAUAUGCUGCAGAGCACACGCUACAGACCUUAGGCAUCCCCACAGAAGGAGGGGACACCGCGACUACAGCAGCCACAGCCACAUCCGCAGCGGUGUUCCCAGGAUAUGCUGUCCCCGGUGCCACCGCCCCUGUGUCUGCAGCCCAACUCAAGCAAGCAGUGACACUUGGACAAGACUUAGCAGCAUACACAGCCUAUGAGGUCUACCCUACUUUUGCAGUGACUACCCGAGGAGAUGCGUAUGGAGCCUUCUGAAGAUUCCUUUCCUCUUAAUAAGACUCCCAGAAUGCUCAGUAGACGAUACGAACCUUGAACCAGAUCCCUUGUGGUCAUAAGUCAGACCUUCCCCAAAGCAAUGCCUUUCCUGAGACGACAUGACUUACUGUAUUACUCAUGAAAUGUGAAUCUUAUUCUUCAACAAAAUCAAAUCUUAGGAGCCUUUUGCUUAAAAGAAAUAUGAAGAGCCACUAACAGCAAAAGUUAUUCUUCCAAAGAUCCUGAGUGUCUCGGGAAGUUGAUAAAAAAAAAAAAACCCUAACAAAUUAGUGUAAGCUCUCUUAGUACCAGGAACUGGGGCCCAGGAUGAGCUAGGCAGUCAGCAGCAAAGCAUAGACAGGAAAGCUCCUGUCUCAGUCAUUGGCUCAGAGCUGCUUCGACACUCACAAAAUCAAGAGGCCAUAGGAAAGCAGGAGGCUUUGUAAGACAUAUUCACCAUCACCUACAGUGUAGGGUAAGCCCAGGCCUAAGCUCAUGAAAAUUGUCUGAAAUGUUAUAGAUUUCAUUAUCACUUUUGGUCUGGAAAUUCUCUCCCCUCAAUAUGUCAAAGAUCAGCAUCUUCCUACACUUGCAGCCUCCGGGACUUCCUAUAAAUCAAUAUGAUGUGUUUCAGAUAUGCUUAAGACAAUCUAAACCCUGUAUUUAUUCAACACCGUAAACCACUCUUUUGCUUCAAAAUCCUUGCCCUGCCCAAGGCUGCUCGAACCAUAGAAGCUAUGCCAAUACCAAGCACUACAGUGAAAAACGACUUUCUCUCAUCUGGAAAUCCUUACUUGUCCAUACUAUUUUCUGUUAUCCCAGACUCAUUUUUGCUAAACUCAAACACCGGUAACGUAAAUCAGAUCUACAUAAUACGCUAUGAUAUUUUCAUAAUCAGAAACUGGCCAAAAAGUCCUUUCAAAGACAAAAGGGAACUUGUUUUGCUUUUCUCACUCUGUAGCCCAGGCUGACCUCAAAUUUGUGGUCCUCCUUUCUCUCGCAUCCCUGUGCUGAGAUAGUUGAUGCACAACACCACGCCCAGCUCCAAACAGUUAUAUUAACUUGAGGCUAACUUCGAAUUCUCUACCUAGUUCAUAUUAAAUCCACCAAGAAACAGUGCCCUUCCAUUCUUUUGAUCUUCUUUCAAUAUGUGCAGAACAGCAGGGGAAGAGAGGAGAGAGAACACACACAUGCUUAAGCUUGGGAGUGGAUGGAGCUUGUCUCUUCAAGGAACAUUUGCACCUGCAUAUAGUCAGGGAACUGGUUGCCAUAUGCUGAGGGGUGAUGGUGCCAGAUUCCCAAAGGGCACCGGGAUACUAACAAUGGUUACUAAGAGUCCAUCCCUUCAGAGUUUCGUAAAAGUGCUACUUGCCAAAAUGUUCCUGAAUGUUCAGAACAUCUGAUAGUGAUGGGAUGGGGGUGACAGAGCCAGAGAUGGAGGGUAAAAGGAUAUGAGCCUUUGGUACAGAAUGUAUAUGUUCAAAACAGAAAGUCAAAAUCCAGUACUGAAUCCAAACACUACUCCCAUUUUAUUAGUGAUUUAGGGGACCUAGCACUAGAGUUCCCAUUUUAAAAAAUGGCCCACAUGAAAGUUUGUAGAUCUCAUGGGCAAGCAAACACAAAAGUGCAGAAAAUACUGUCAACUCCUUAAUGGAAUUCUGGAAUCUAAAAUCAGGACAGAGUCUAAUCAGAUCCAGGGAAAUGUCAAUCAUGGUUGAAUGUCUCAGAACCUGCAGGUUCUAGGAAUUCCAGCCAGCAUCUGAAGUCAAGACCCUCCCGCUGAAAUUCUGGAAGGCUCUGGAUUUUCUGGUUUCUACUUUCUUCCUCGGAUCAUUGUGUCGCUGAGCAUAGGAAUGCCUGAAUUUGGUGGCACAUCUAAAAUACCUAAAGGGUCACAUGCCAAUUAGGUGAGAGUGUCAUGGGGUGUGGGCCUGACCCCAGUGUUUUGUAAAGAUUCCUGAGUGAUUUCAAUAUGCAAGGGGCAUGGGGACUGUUAAAGUUUUUAUAGAUCUCUGUCUCUUUCAUUCUUUCUUUAUAAUUCAACCUUUGCCAAAUACAAAAUGCAGAUACAAUGUCUUAGAAUGAAAGUGUUAAGAAAAUUACCAGUGUGACAAUGCACAGCUACUUUUGAGAAAAACCACAAUUGUUCAUGACCUCUGCCUCCCUGGGGCUGAUCUGUAUACUACGGAGUAGACAGAUGGAAUGGCUUUUGGGGUGGGUGGCUAUUACUUUGUUAUAGUAAUAUACAGAGAAGAUUUUGGAUUCCAUUAGACUAUAUUCAUAGAAAGUAUCCAUGUGUUAUUACCCUGAAAAGCCAAGUUUUAGUGUAAUAAGCUUGAAUCUAGAGAGAAAAUGGAUUGUCAUUUUGGGUAGAGGUGUUGUUAUUGGGUUUUAGUUAUUUGUUGUUGUUGUUGUUGUUGGUUUCUUUUUUCCUUUUCUUCCUUUUUUUAAAACUUAUCUUAGAUUUAGUAAAUAAGCAGUAACACUGCCUGCCUUUCUGACUUCUAAUACAUUUUCCUGGUUCAUCCCUAAAUACUUCUUAGUUCUUCAUAGAAAAGCUUAAAAUCAUCAGGGCAACCAAAUGAAACAGGCAAAAGACCCUGAACUAAAUCAUUUUGAAAAUUCUAACAAAUUAGCGUUUGGUUUUUAAAGUCUGGCAAGUAAUAGUGUGUUGAUAAAAUCUGCUGGAUGUUACUUGGAAUAGAGGAAAUGGAACCAAGUGAAAUGGAGUCUCUUUUUGUCCCCUGUCAACUGCUGUCCAUUCUCAGAUGGCUGUUCUUCCAUCCCACACCCUAAGAAAAUCAAGAAGAGUAACAGCUACUGCAGUAAACAAAAAUUGUGUCCUAGAGGACUUAAGGUGUGUCCUGAAGUCAACACAAAUCCUGCCAAAUAGACUUCUCAAAACGCGGCUGGAAAACUACCUCGUCUAAGAAAACAGUACCGUCAAAAAAUAUCUAAAAAGGAGGGUCAUAAGUUGCUACAUAAUAUUAGUUUUUGUUUCAUUUUAAAGGUUUUUAAAUUUUUUUCAGUCACAUAGAACAGCAAAAUGCUUUAUCUAUAGCUUUCCGUUUGAAUUAAUUUUCAGACAUCCUGCUGGUCAGAGGGCGGGUACAGCUUGGAUUAACCUGCUCAGCGGCUAACUGGUGCAGUACCACAGAGAGCUAAGGGAAUGAAUGCAUCACCUCUCUGGCCAGUUGUCUGAGAGCCACCUCCCUCUAGGGGUCCCUCUCACCUGCUUGUUUGCCCCUUUUUCCUCUCCCUCUCCUGGGACUGUGGACCUGAGUCCCACCUUCAUUUGGCAUAACCGGCACCAUCUAGGCCAGGCUGGAUGGGGGACAAGAUAAAGGAUGGCUCUUGGGAAUGUUUUCUUCCCCUACCAAGAUUCACAGGGUGCCAGAAGAUUCUCAGGGCUUUCAUUGGUUCCUUCUUUCUCUCAAUUAAGCUAGUUAUACCUCAAACUAGAGAGUUUCCUGUGUCAAUGUUUUCAUCUUCAUUUUCCCCUCUGCUUCUGCUUCAGGAAUGUUCCCGAACACAAUUUCCUUUGCAUCUAGCUUCAUUCAUCCUGUUGCUUUUCAGCUUCCUCGUCCAAACUCUUCCCCUUCUCCUAUACAAGGCUUCGUCACUUUUUAAUGGAAAAUAGCAUCAACAGGCUAUGUUCGUGAAACUCUUGCCCUCUGUCUGUUGCCUUUACCAAUGUUGAGAAUGUUACGAGCUGUGCUGGCUGACUUACCUGUUCAUUCAUGACAGAUGUGGUCUCUGUUUACUGUGCUCUUUGUUUACUACGCACCCGCCCCUCCUCCAGAAACAAUGAAUGCAGACACGCAAGUUUCUGCUCCUCUCUGCAGUGGGCACACAAUCAAGGGCCCAUUGUGCAGUUUUCAAAACUGAACAUGACUGGAUCAGUUAGUAGCUUUUGCCACUUGAUCAGAAUCUCCAAAAUAAGCCAGUUCUACCCUGAACCCUUACCCUUCCAGCAACCCCACCCAACCUGAGCAAUUGAAAAUGAGUUUUCAAGUAUUUCUCUCCAGAAAAGUAUCAAAAACUAUACAGAAGUAGACAACAAAGGUUUAGCUCCUGGAAACCUUUUAAGUACGGCUGUGAGGGAUGUACAAAGUGAUUGACGGUUCGCAUCAAUCGGAACCAGGCUUCGUUACUUGAAAGCAUUUUGGCCAUUAAGUAGUUUUGUUUUCUAAGUUAUUUGUGUUUCUAAAAUUCCAAACUCUAUUUAGCAAGCCACAUCUUCAUGUUUUCGCAUUAAAUGAUUUGCAAUGCAGUCUUUGUACCUUUCGCAAAUACACAAUUUUAUUUUGAAACUUGUUUUUUUAAUUCCUAGGAGAUAUUUGGGAGCUCCUACUGCAACUGUAUCUAUUUACAUCAAUCAUCAUUAUCUUGGUUUAAAUAUUUAAUCAUUGGUAUUUUUAGUGCAUUUCCUUGUAGAAAUCUCUUUUUUUAACUGGAUUUUCAUGGCUGCAGUAUAGUCAGAUAUUAUUUUCUCUUAUCUUUCAGUGAAAAGGAAGAUGAGAGCAAACUGUACCUCCAUUUCUCAGGUGUUAACAAUCCCCUGCUUCUUUUCAUUUUAUUGUUAUUUAUGUGGAUUUAUCUAGAGUACCAAAAGAAAGAUAAAUUAAAAAAAACAGUAUUAAAGAGUGUGCAUAAAGCACUUAUUUUUGUACUUUGAGUACAAUGUUUUAUAGAGCUAAAUGAUCUAACUAGUAUAGUAAAAUUAUAUCAUUCUCUUAUUGGGAAAAUGAUCAUUGCUUUGGAAAAUACAAAUCUACUGGUCACCUUAGAAUCAUAAAUCAAAGAAAAUGAGAAAUGAUGCAAUUUCGUGGAAUUUCAGAAUGGUGAUAUGGUUUUAAUUGAAUUUUUCAGUUCCAUAAUAAAGUUUUAAUAAUUAUCAA